CCCCUUCUCGCCGAGGCACAAGCGCCCGGCUGACGACAAACAUGCGGCGGCGCGGGUGCGCAUGCGCGCGCCGGGGAGAGAGCCUCAAGCCCGCGCGAACGGGCGGGCGGGGAGAGUCCUCAGCUGUGUUUUCUCUUGGAUGGAAGUAUGCUGUUCUCCACAGAAGAUGGUAACCUUGAAGUAUGAGCAUGGAAAAGGGGAUAAGCUCAGUAGAAGUUCUACCCUCCAGAUCUUCACACACCACUGCAGUAGGGGAGAUGGUGAAAGAACACGAAGCAAAGCAAGCUCAGAAAGGGAGACGAGUGGGAUUUGUACUUGUCCAUGCAGGUGAAGGUGCAGGGUAUCAUUCUGAAUCCAAAGCCAAAGAAUAUAAGCAUGUGUGCAAAAGAGCAUGUAGGAAGGCAAUUGAAAAGCUACAGGCUGGGGCUCUUGUAACAGAUGCAGUGACUGCAGCGCUAGUUGAACUAGAGGAUUCACCCUUUACUAAUGCAGGAAUGGGGUCUAACCUAAACCUUUUGGGUGAAAUAGAAUGUGAUGCCAGUAUCAUGGAUGGAAAAUCACUCAAUUUUGGAGCAGUUGGCGCUCUCAGUGGAAUCAAAAAUCCUGUUUCCGUGGCAAAUAGAUUGUUGUGUGAAGGGCAGAAAGGAAAGCUGUCUGCUGGCAGAAUUCCACCUUGUUUUUUAGUUGGCGAAGGAGCUUUCAGAUGGGCAGUGGAUCACGGGAUACCUGCCUGCCCUCCUGGUGUCAUGGCAACAAGACUUAGUUUAGCAGCUUUUAAGAGGAACAAGAGGAAACUGGAAUUGGCGGAAAAGGUGGAAACCGAUCUUUUUCAGUUGAAGAAAAGAAGACAAUCAAGUGAAAAGGAGAAUGACUCAGGAACGCUGGAUACCGUUGGAGCAGUUGUUGUUGACCAGGAAGGAAAUGUCGCUGCUGCAGUGUCCAGUGGAGGUUUAGCCUUGAAGCACCCUGGACGAGUUGGUCAGGCUGCUCUUUACGGAUGUGGGUGCUGGGCUGAAAACUUGGGAAUUCAGAAUCCUUACUCUACAGCUGUGAGUACCUCAGGUUGUGGGGAGCACCUUGUACGGACCUUAUUGGCCAGAGAAUGUUCGUGUGCUUUGCAAAAUGAAGAUGCUCAUCAGGCUCUACUAGAAACUAUGCAAAACAAGUUUAUUAGUUCACCUUUUCUAGCCAACGAGGAUGGUGUUCUCGGAGGUGUGAUAGUUCUUCGAUCUUGUCAGUGUUCUGCAGAGUCAAACUCUCCACAGGAUAAGCAGUCUCUACUAGUAGAGUUCCUGUGGAGUCAUACAACAGAGAGCAUGUGUGUCGGGUAUAUGUCAGCACAGGAUGGCAAAGCUAAGACCCACAUUUCAAGACUUCCCCCUGGAGCUGUGGCGGGGCAGUCGGUGGCAAUUGAAGGAGGAGUCUGUCGGCUGGAGAGCUCAGCAAGCUGAACCGCUCCUUGUCUGGUCAGCAAGCAGAGCACAAAUCCAUUAUGUAUAUUAAGCUCCUUGGUGUUUUAACAGAUGUUGAGGAUUUUACUCUCAUUUUAUACUCCUUAUUGCAACCACGUGCACCCUAACUUGAAACAAGUGCUGCUGUAGCUUUAUAUUCUUUGUUUGAAUGUAUAUGAGAAUUUGUCUCCCAGUGGAAUAGAAACUCUGUUCCCAGUUGUGCAAAUGAAAAUAAUGUAUGGAUAAUUUAAUGUUACGAAACAUUUUUAUGUGUUAAUCGGUUAGCCUAUAAGAAAAUAAUGCCCUAAAAUUCCAAGGGGAAAUGGUUAAAAAUUGUGCGGUAGUAGCAAAUGUUGUUGUUUCACAUUGUGAAGCUAGAGGCUUCUAAGCUACUUGGAAUACAGUAGUGACCAAAUGCUCUUUACAUUAUUUAAUAGUUUCAGUGGGUCCAGUGGUAUCUUAAACAUGUUCUUUUCGCAUAUAAUAUAUAUAAACAGUGAUUGGUUUCAGUGAAACAAUUUGGAGGUGACUAUGGCCUGACUUUUUGUUCUUCCCUAUUCAGUUGAUGGUACUUUUUUGGCUUAAGUAUUGCAUACUUCAAGCUGUUAGAUGUUAUGAAAGGCUCUGUAAAGAUAACGUACAGUCAUGAAGUCGUUACUUUGUGUAUAAUGGAAUAUUGGAAUGUAAAUAAGAACAAAGUUUAUUGGAAGAGUCAAUAUUAUUCUUUGGUUUAAAUAUAUUUUUAAGAGAAUGGUGUAGAAAUAAACAUGAUAUUACUGGAUAAAUAAUGUAAAGUGUAUUAAAUUGAUGAUGAAGAGGACCCUAAUUCUACCUUUCUUCGUCAGUUCUUUAAAUUCCAAAUUUGUAGUAAAGGUAUAUAAAUGUCUGCAAUUAUAUUUACAUGUUAUGAAUAUAGAGUUACAAGUGGCCUUUUGAAGAAUUUAUACAGCCAAAAUUCAUGAUAUUGCAUCAUUUUAUAUACUUGAUUCUUAGAUAUGAGUUCAUUUUUCUUAUUGUUUCAGGAUCUUCAGCUGUUUAAUUGUUUGCAUGUUUACAGGGAUGUAAUGGCUUAGAACAAUCUUAUUGAGUACUUGAUGAGCUGUCAAAAUAGUCUAAGGGAAUUUUAUUGGAGAUUUUUUAUAUUGUGUUGAAAGAUGUUAUAUGCCGCCUUUAGAAAUAAUUGCUUGGUUUCAUACAACUUAUUCUUAAUCCCACAACCAACUUUCCUUGGCAAAUUGAUGUGCCAUCACUCUGUUUAACUUCACAAAUGAAAGGAAACAUUAAAAACUGAUUUUAAUCA